GUGGCUUUUCCACAGUGUUCUUAGCGAGGACCCAUGGUGGAAUGCGUUGCGCAUUGAAACGAAUGUAUGUUAAUAAUGUGCCUGAUCUCAACAUCUGCAGAAGAGAAAUUACAAUUAUGGAGGCUAUACUAGCUAUGCUGUGCUCAUGGUUACCUGUGCAGAUCUCGUUGUCUAAAGAGCUAUCUGGACACAAGAAUAUUGUUGGCUAUUUGGAUUGUGCAAUUAAUCCUGUCAGUGAUAAUGUAUGGGAGGUGCUGAUUUUAAUGGAGUAUUGUCGAGCGGGUCAGGUUGUGAAUCAGAUGAAUCAGCGUCUGCAGACGGGGUUUACGGAGUCAGAAGUGCUGAGGAUAUUUUGUGACACUUGUGAAGCUGUUGCCAGACUGCAUCAGUGUAAAACCCCCAUAGUUCACCGGGACCUCAAGGUAGAGAAUAUCUUAUUAAAUGACAAUGGAAACUAUGUCCUUUGUGACUUUGGCAGUGCCACUAACAAAUUCCUUAAUCCCCAAAAAGAUGGUGUUAAUGUAGUUGAAGAAGAGAUUAAAAAGUAUACAACCCUGUCAUACAGAGCUCCUGAAAUGAUUAAUCUUUAUGGAGGAAAACCAAUUACUACCAAGGCAGAUAUCUGGGCACUUGGCUGCUUGCUGUAUAAACUUUGUUUCUUCACGCUUCCUUUUGGAGAGAGUCAGGUUGCUAUUUGUGAUGGAAGUUUUACCAUUCCAGACAAUUCUCGGUAUACCCAUCGUCUCCAUUGUUUGAUAAGGUACAUGCUGGAACCUGAUCAAGAACGGAGACCUGAUAUCUUUCAAGUAUCUUAUUUUGCCUUUAAACUUGCCAAAAAGGAUUGUCCAUUGUCCAAUAUUAAUAAUUCUUCUGUCCCUUCAACUCUUCCUGAACCCAUGACUGCUAGUGAGGCAGCUGCUAGGAAAAGCCAAAUAAAAGCCAGAAUAACAGAUGCCGUUGGACCAACAGAAACCUCAAUUGCACCACGACAAAGACCAAAGGCUAAUUCAAGCACUGCCACUUCUAGCGUGCUGACGAUCCAGAGUUCGGCCACACCAGUGAAGGUACCAGCUCCUGGUGAACUUGGUAACCGUAUGCAAAAAGGAACCAUGCAACCUGGAAAUGGACAAGAUAUCUUGUUGUCCCAAGGGACCAAUCAGCACCCUUCUCAACAAAAUAGAGUAUUGCAGCAAUUGCAGCAGGGGGAUUGGAGAUUACAGCAACUGCACCAUUUACAGCACCAGCAGCAACAGCAGCAACUACUUCAAGAUGCUUACAUGCAACAGUAUCAAGCAAUGCACCAGCAGAUGGUCCAGCAGCAGCUCUUGAUGCAAUCUGUGUACCAGCAGCAGCCUUCCCAGUCCCAUUAUCCUGCCAUGGUGCAGCAGUACCAACAAGCUCUCUUACAGCAGCAGAUCCUUGUGCAGCAACAGCAGUCACAGUCCCCUGAAUAUCUUACCUCUCCUCAAGAGUUUUCACCAGCCUUAAUCUCCUACUCGACAUCUCUUCCAACCUGUGUUGGAGCAGCGAUGGAUUCCCCUUACACUACCAGUAGGUCAGCCAUUCCUGAUGCAGAGGCAGUUUCCAGUUACCCAAAGCAGAACAUCAAUAACCCACCUGAUAUGUCAGGUUGGAACCCAUUUGGAGAAGAUAAUUUCUCUAAACUAACAGAGGAGGAGCUGCUGGACAGAGAAUUUGACCUUCUGAGAUCAAAUAGGCUCGUGGACAGGAGAGCAUCCUCAGAUAAGAAUGUGGAGUCACUUUCUGCUCCACAGAGCAAUCUUCCAGAAGAUCCCUUUGGUUCUGUACCUUUCAUUUCUCACCCAGGUUCCCCAGGAAAGGCAAUUAAUACCUCAGCCAGCAAUCAAGAAAAUAAAGUAGGGGGCCAACCCAGGGCAAACAAGUCCAUUCAGGGCUCAAGAGAGGACCGGCCAGGAAGGAAGACUACAGAAGGACAAGUGCAAAAAGGGAGUGAUGAGUCAGAGAGUGACUUUGAAUCUGAUCCUCCUUCUCCCAAAAGCAGUGAGGAAGAAGAGCAGGAAGAUGAAGAAGGUUUACAGGAGGAGCAUGGAGACUUUAAUGAUGACAAUGAUACAGAACCUGAGAACUUAGGCCAUAGGCCACUCCUUAUGGAUUCUGAGGAUGAAGUAGAAGAGGAGGAAGAAGAAAAGCAGAGCUCUGAUUCUGAUUCUGAUUGCACCAAGCAAAAACCUGUGGAAAGGAUCCCUUGCAGUAAGUACAGAGAAGGGCCUGGUGAUGAUGAAGACAAGCAAGUCAACAUAAUGCUCACUUCCUUAUCUGAACUACCAAAUACUGUGGCCAAGACUACUUUUCCUGGCCUGGGCCAAGAGCAAGAUGACUUUGAUGUCUUCACCAAGGCCCCAUUCAGCAAGAAGGUGACUCAACAAGAUGGCCAGAUUGCAGGACCUGAGACCCAGAUUGCCUCUGUCUCUCCCCAAAGUGUGGAUAUUUUUGGCUGCACCCCAUUCCAGCCUCUCCCUACCCCUAAGAGCAGUGAGAGUAAAGAGGACCUGUUUGGACUGGUCCCCUUUGAGGAGAUAACAGGCAGCCAGCAGCAGCAAAAAGUGAAGCAGCAGCGAAAUUUGCAGAAACUUUCCUCCCGUCAAAGGCGUAUGAAACAAGAGGUGUCCAAAAGCAAUGGGAAGCGUCACCACGGCACCCCAACGAACACCAAGAAAACUUCAAAACCCAGCUUCCGCACACCUGAGAGAGCCCGCAGGCACAAGAAAGCUGGUCGCAGGGACUCCCAGAGCAGCAAUGAGUUCCUAACGAUCUCAGACUCUAAGGAAAACAUAAGUGUUGGAUUGACUGACAGCAAAGAUCGAAGCAACCCUCUGCAAGUGGAUGAGAAUCUGCUGGACCCGUUCGGGGCUAAACCUUUCCACCCACCAGACUUGACGAGGCACCCCCAGCAUCAAGGACUUGGUGACAACCGUGGGGACCAUAACACAGUAGUAGUGCCAGGUAGACCUAGACAGAGCUCCCUACAUGGGCCUAUUCACAGUGGCGAUGGGCUUAAAACAGAUGACUUUGGCGCAGUACCCUUUACAGAACUGGUUUUGCAGAGUGCACAGACCCAGCAGCAGCAGGCAUUAGAGUUAGAUCCAUUUGGGGCAGCUCCAUUUCCUUCCAAACAGUAAUUGCUUCCAACAGAUUCAUCCUGAUUCUCUCUCUCUCUCUCUCUCUCCCCCCGUGCUUGUUCUCAUUCUCUCCAUUAUUUAACAUCAGUUUUAAAUACUACAAUAAUUCACCCAGUUGAAUUGACAGGAAAAUGAUUCUUUUUGUAUAGUUUAUUCAGACUCACUAAGUACUCCACAGCCAGCACACCCCCCCCAUCCCUUAAAAUCAUGAGAUUUUGCAUAGAGAAAAAUGCAAAAAAGCCCCCCGAAACAAAUCAGCAAAAAACCCCAAACAAUAAAACAAAAACAACAAAAACCAGGAGGAGAAGCAAGUAUUUCACUAGGACAACGGAUUCCCAGAGCCCAUGAGGAAUCUGAUGCAAGUAAUUCAGAAUCAUUCUGCACUUUUGUAUUGCUUUUUCACUCUGGCAGUACAAAAGAGAAAGUCAUGGAGCAAGGUCUACCAUAAUGUGUCUAGUUGACCUAACAGAAUAUAGAAUCUUGUCUUCAAAUCAUUGACUAUCUCUGAAUCCAGAAUAGAUCUAGGAACCUGUAUGUGCUGGGUCCCAUAUUGAUCUGCUGGAAGUUUUGGAGUCUGUUCUUGCCAAGUGAAAACUACCUUUCCUGAUCCUAAGAGAAAAAGAAAAAAAGCCAACUCCUUAAAGGAGUGCGGUGGUGGCUUGAACUAAUGCAGCUCUGUGCACAACUAGAGACAAAAGGCAGAUUUUUUUUUUUGUGCCUAAAUGUUUUAAUUUUUUUACAGUAAGUGCCAUUAAUGUAAAAUAGCAAACUGGAAGCCUAGGGUAAAAACUAAAGAUACAGAGAAUAUAUUGGUUUGCUAGGUAAAAGCGUGAAUGU